AUGGGAGAUGUCGUCGUGGGCACGAAGCUGAUCCGCAACUUCUUGCUACGCGAGCUAGCAUUGCGGCGAUGGCUCGAGCAGAUUCUUGUCGAAGAUCUGAACCCAGCGGGCGGAGCCGCCGAUGCGGGCAAGCAAAUCACCAUCUGGGACAAUCUCAAGGACGGCGUGCUGCUCUGUCGCGUCAUGCUCACCUUGAAGCCCAAUUCCGUGCCCAAGAUUCACGAGGAGAAGGCCGUUUUCAGGCGUAAGGAGAAUCUCUUCUUCUUCCUCGAGGCCCUCGAUGAACACGACUUUCCCGCCAAGAAGAAGUUCACCGUCGCCGAUCUUUACGAGGAGAAGAACCUCAUCAAAGUCCUGGAGUGUAUUGAAGAGCUGGCGAAGAUAGCGGUGCUCGAGUGGAACUUCUACUUCAAGCUCAAGUCGGCCGGCGAGAUCGAGGAGGAACUCGGAAUGACGGAGGGCAAGCUCUUCACCGAUGCGGAUAAGGCGCGCGCCGUGCGCAUCCUCACCUGCCACCUUCAGGAGACGAGCAAGCGAGCUCAGCGGAACUUUUCCUCGGUCUACAUUCCCGCCACCAAGCGGGUGGUGGCGUCAAAGGCGAAGUUGGUCACACGGGAAGCGGCCUCUACGUAUGGGAUCGGGGCUGGGGCAAUCAUCGCUGCAUCCCUCGGAGCCCAGUCUUCCGGCGAAAGAAGCUCCUCGCUCGCCGCAACCGAAUCAGAGGAGAUCAUCAGCAUCAAGGACGCCGAGCCCUCCUCGCCCCGGAGCCAAUCACCACGCAAACCCCUGCCGCCGCUCCCAUCGCCCCGAUCACAGGCCCCCUCGCCACCGUCGCAGGAGCCGGACGCCUCGACUCGGCGGGUCACUGUCGUCACCAUCGACGAGGGCCAGGAAAAGGGCAAAGAGAAGGUGCUAGAAUUAGAAGACGGCGAGAGCAGCCCCAGAUCGGUGAUCGUCAUCACCCUUUCGCCACAGGAAGAAGAGAUCCUGAUGCGGGGCGUAGUCAAGCUGCAAGCCCUUCUCCGAGGCAGGCUGGCGCGUGUGAAAUACAGGAAGAAGCUGAGGAAUGCGGCCUACAGAGAAAGCGUGGCCCGUGAAAUUGAGAAGACCGAGCAGGACUACGUCGACAACCUUCGACUCCUCUCCGAGGUCUUCUUGGAGCCGUUGCGAAAAGAGCUGGAAUCGAAGGACGAGGCCCUCGAAGGGUUCAAGGGAGUGUUUGCAGAUAUCCAGGUGAUUCGUAACUACAACGGCAAGAUGCUGAACGAUAUCAAGCCGCGUCUCGCCAAAUGGCACCCCAACCAGUCGUUGGGCGAUAUCUUCCUGCAAGUUGCCGCAUUUUUGAAAGCGUACACGCAGUACGUCACCAAGUACAACAAGGCCAUCGCUCACAUCACCAGCCUGAAGAAGCAGAUGCCCAAGUUUCGACAAUUCCUCGAGGUAAUGACGCUUGAGACGCUCUUCGCGGUGAUCGUUCCGAUCGCUAAGAGCGCUCUGUUCACGUGCUGUGUCCAGGAAUGCGCCGAGAAGGCGAAUGGCCAGGACAUCGCCGCUUUGCUGAUUCAGCCCGUCCAGCGUAUCCCUCGAUACCAGCUGCUUCUCAAAGACCUGAUUAGCCACAGCGAUCCCGAACAUCUGGAUUACGAAUCGCUCGGGAAAGCUGCGGAGAAGAUCAGAGAGGUGGCGGUGUACAUAGAAAAGAGGUGCGAGGAGGCCGAGAAUAUCACCAAGGUCAGCGAGAUCCAGUCCAGACUCUUCGGCAAGAUAGACAAUCUGGCGCAGGCGUCGCGUAAGUACGUGCGACAGGGCGAGAUGGUGGUGUGGUCGCUGGAGAACAAGAAGAAGGAGAACCGAGUCGUGAUCCUGUUCAACGACCUGCUGCUCGAAACCAAGCCCAUGGUCAAGAAGGGCCGGAAGGGCGAGCCGGACCUCCAGGUCCUCAAGUACCUCCACUCGUGGAACCUCUACCACGUCUCCCCCGCGCCCAUGCCCGACACCGAACGCGACAAGUUCGGGUUGGCUCUCACGUCGGAGGGCGGCAAGACGGCGUUAGUUAGACUGUACGCCAAGUCCGCCUUCGAGAGGGACGACUGGGUGCGUGCGUUCCAAGCGCUCAGAAGCGAUAUCGAAGCCAAGCGAAGCGAACACUACGAGCGAGUGAGGGACACGGCUCAAUCGAAGGCUGCCAGGUACAAGGAGACCAUCGAGGGCCGCUAUACUUCACCCCUUCUGCCCGAAGAUUCCAUGAUCGCUAGAUCCAGCACAGUGUCUUCACGAUGGGAGUCACGGCUGCGUGCCCACACUGCCCGCAUCCGGCAGAUUCAGGCCCAGUCCGGCGAGGCAGACGCCUCGCUUUCGCUCCCCUCGCCUCCGCGACAACUGAACUCGGGAGAGGUGGAGGCGAUUCUCGACCCUGGCUCGCCACGGGGGGUCGAUUCGGGCGCCUUCGAGCCGCCUGAAGUGAACGGCGGCGUGCCCGAUGCCAAGGAUGGCGGCAAGAAGGGCUCGCGAGGUCGACACACCAUCACCGAGGGCAUGGUAAAGGCCGAAUCGCCCUCGCUCUUCUCGCGGCUCUUCCUGCGGAAACGAUCCAAGACGCGGUCGCCUCUCCCGCACUACUCCAGCAGCGUGCGAUCGCUCAAGACGCAGAUCUCCGUUUCUGACCUCAACGGCGUGGAGGCGUCUUCGUCGUCGUCAUCGCACCCUGCCGACUCCGGGCUCGGCUCCUCGGUCUCCUGUGCCGACUGCGUGCCAUCGCCCAGAAUCAAGCAACGCCAGAGCUACCUCCGCGAGGAGAAGAAGCUGGACGACAAGGAGAAGGGCAAGGGCAGGCGUGCGUCCAAGGAGAAACGGAAAAGCGAGAGCAGCACAGACUCCAAGCGGAGCAGCCGGAGCAGUAUCAGCAGUAUCGGGAAGUCGAAGUCGGCCGACGAGAAGGAGAGCGGCGGGAAGGACGAUGUGCGAGGUACACGCCCUGGGCGCUCGCUCUCGACCUCGAGCUCCGCCGCCACGCACCCGCACAGCGACGAGCUGUCAUCGUCAUCGUCGGGCGGCAAGGCCGGCAAGCUGGACGACGGAAUCGGCGGCCCCAGGUCGUCGGAGGUGACGGCCAUCAUCCAGCGGUCCCGCAGGAGGAAGGGCUCGAACGCCAGUGAGGUGGCAUCGACCGACGAUGAAAGGGACGAGAAGGAGAAGGCCAAGGAGAAGAGGCGCGAGAAGAAGAAGGCCAGGGCGGAGAAGAAGGCGGCAGCAGCUGCAGCUGCGGCGGCUGCGGCAGCGGCAACUGCAACUUCAGCGGAGACGACCGAAAAGGAAGAGAAGGUGAAGGAGAAGGAGAAGGAGAAGGAGGACCCACAGCAGAAUGCUGGCAUAGAGGCCGCCAAGGAGGACAAGAAAGCUCGGCUCAAGAGAAAGAUUAGCGCGCAACGUCUCAAGGAGGCGAUGAUUCAAAAGUCUGGGUCAUCGUCGUCCCUCUUCCAGCGCAUCGUCACCGCGACACCAUCCCAACCGCGGUCGGGCUCCGGUAGCGCGAUAGAGCAUGCCUCUCUCCCGCAGGCUCAGCCUCUUGUGCUAUCCGCUUCUGACAACGCUGUCCCCGCGAAGAAGAGGACGGAGAAGAAGCACUCUGGCUCUACAUCGCCUACUGGCUUAUCGGAAGCCGGUACCGAGGAGGAGCAGCGGCGAAGCGAUUCUUCGCCCGAUGCUGCACCUUCGGCGAACGGAGAGCACGCCGGCGAAGAGGAGCAGGCCGCGAAGGACACCGAGGCGGCGGAGCAGAAACCGCCAGAGGGUGGCGCGGCGUCGGAGGUGCGGGAGGAGUCGCGAGAGGUGGAACAGGAUCGCGAAGCGGGCGAGCAAGGUCGAGAGGGCGACAGCAGGGAGGAGACGAAGGACGGGGAUGGUAGGGCGAUCAAAGGAGGAACCGAAGAGCACCACGAGCAAGAGCACAAGGAAGAGGAGGAAGCUAACCAGCACCACCACAACAACAACGGCGAGGAUGAAUCGUCGUCGUCGUCGUCUGGUGAUGAAGCGGAGGCCUGUGGAAAGCUCCGGAGGGAGAGGAGGGCGACGGCGGAGGAGGAGAAGAGGAGCGAAGCAAGGAGCACUAGCGGAGACGACAUCACCGAAUGGAAGAAGGAGGGUGGCAUGCUGGGCAAGCGAGUCAACAGCGAACUGAGGCUCGAAACCACAAGCAAUUCGACGUUCACGAAGGAGGUAAGACAGCGCGAGCUGGGCCACCUGCGGUCAAUACGGAUGCACUCGUUCCGAUCGACCCGUUCCAAGUGGGAACAGAAGCAGAGGGAGAUGGCGGCGGCAGCGGCUGCGGCGCCGGCAGUGGAGCAGAAGCCACAGCGCUCGCGGAGGUCGAAACCGGAGGACCAGCUCAUCUCGCCCACCACGGGCUCCACCGAGCCUUCAUCGGCCGACACCUCGCCAUACUCAUCGCCCGCCUCUUCUACGCCGUCCUCUCCACGCUCCUCCAUCUUGGCGGGCAACUGA